AUGAAUCCAAAUAAUAUUACAACUACUAUCGAUAUAGCAUUAGUUUCGAAAUCGAUUAUUAAUGAUCUUAAUUUUGUCUCAGAAAGAUUUAUCAUCUAUCUUCCACUUAUCUUUCUUAUCUUUGGUUUUAUUGGCUUUAUUGGAAAUAUUUUUACUUAUCUUCAAGCUGAACUUCGUUCUAAUACUUGUUGUAUUUAUUCACUUUGUGGUUCAAUCAUUGAUAUAAUAAAUCUUUCUCUCAAUUUAUUUCCAAAUUAUCUUGCUGCAAAAUAUAAAAUUUAUAUACCAUGGUAUAUUUCACGUGUUACAUGCAAACUUAAUGUUUUUCUUCUUGCAUUUCUUCCUCAUUUAUCAAUUAAUUUCUUGGUUAUGGCUAUUAUUGAUCGAUUUGCUUGUACUUGUAAACUUACAUCAUCAAUACAACGACUCAAUCAACUUAAAAUGGUACCAUGGAUAAUCACAAUUACAAUUAUUUCAAGUUGUCUUAUUUCGAGUAAUGCACCAAUUCUUUAUGAUCUUAUGUAUGGAUAUUGGUGUAUAUCUACACAACCAAAAUUGAAUAGUAUAUUGUAUAUUAUACUCAGUGGUGUCAUGCAACCAGUAAUAAUGUUAAUAUUUGUUUUACUUACUUAUAGAAAUAUACAUCAAAGUCAUCGACGAGUAGUAUGUAUAUUAA